CAUCUUGUUUCAAUUCAAUCUCAAAAUCAAAACAUAACCAUACUUUACUUUGUGAUUAACAUUUGGAACUUCAAAAAACAAUAAUUUGAUUAUGUUUUUAGCAAAUUGAAAAGUGAAUUAAUAUAGGUAUUUGGCGAGUUAUGUUCCUUGCAAAAUUACGUGUGAUGCAUAGCAUAAAUAAAAGUUGACUACUUAAUCUUGUUUUUAUAAAGCAAAUGUAACUUAUAAACCUCGAAUAGAGACCAAUAUUAAUAAUAUUUCACAAAAGGAUGUUUUUCUCACGAUUAUCAAUUCUUUUAAGGAGUAACAUAACCACCAAUGUGAGAAGAUACUUACCGGCUGGUACAGUGGCACUGAUUUUACCAUUAGCACAUUGUAAACUGCCAAAAGAAUUUGAUGAAGAAGAACGUAAACGGAUCCAGCACUUCGAUCGUCCACAAACACAUGAGUACCUGAUACACCAAGCAUGUCACGCCAGUGUGAACUCAGCCUCGCAACUGUUGCUGCAAACAACAUUCGCCCUCCUGGACGCCGGACUAGAGUACCGCAAGGCUCUAUCACGCAUGCGCACUUUGCUCAACGACAGCCUACAGCGGACAGUCAACGGACUGGUACAGCCCCAUGAUUUGGAUGACAUGAUACUUGAAGCACGGUCCACUACUGAGGAGCUCAAGAAAGUUGUUAUGAACUUGCAAAGUUUGAUGAAGUAUGUUGAGAAUCUAGUAGAAACGACAGCAGAGACAGCCUUUAUUGCUGGCACAGAGUACGGGUGCAAUGCCAUGAGUGAUAGACUACAUUCAGCUCAAAGAGAGAUUUCGGAAGACACCAGCAAAACCACAGACCUUGAAAGAGAAUGUCUAAGAUUACAUGCUGAACUAAUAAGCUAUUCACAUCGACAAACUGAUACAAAAGAAGAGGAAAUAGCAAAAAAUCCUAAAGUUGACUGAAUAAUUAAUAAAUCAAUACACUGUAGGAUUCACGCGAAAUGGCAUUAUGGUAGACUUUCUGUUAUGAUGUUCACUUCAAACUAUCAGAAUUGGAAAAUGAUAAGUGUUUAUGAUAUUCAUAAGGAAUGUUGAAUGUUGAAAUUCACCAUUACUGCUACCAAAUUAUUUCCAUCUUACUUUGAGUUGAUGUAUUACAUUGAAUAUCUUAGUACUGUUUGAAAUUACGAUAUAAAUUUAAUAAUGUAUUUUGAAAAGCUGUUGUUGAUAAAUUAAAUAUAUUGAAUAUGA